AUGCGUUCUGGGUUUUUGAUCGCCGCCCUUUGCACUGCCGGUGCUGUCGCCGACACGGAACUCUCCAGCCCCAAGAUUGCGCGCCGCUCCUCUCUCUUUGCCGUGGCUUUCCAAGUAUUGGCCGCCGGCUUGGCUACUCGGUAUGAGAGCUGA